UUCAGCCCGCGCCGGUCUCACCGAACAGAAUGGAAGAAGAAUUGGCAGCUCCUUCCACAUCCUCAGACAAGACAGACAGUAUGGAUGUGGAUGGAGAAUCAAAGAAACUUUUGGGUUUAGGACAAAAACACUUGGUAAUGGGAAAUAUUCCGGCUGCUGUUAAUGCAUUCCAGGAAGCUGCAAGCUUACUGGGUAAAAAAUAUGGUGAGACAGCGAAUGAGUGUGCAGAAGCUUUUUUUUACUAUGGAAAAUCUCUCCUGGAGUUGGCAAGGAUGGAAAAUGGUGUGCUGGGAAAUGCCUUAGAAGGGGUGCAGGUUGAAGAGGAAGGAGAAAAAGUUGAAGAUGAUUCAGCAUUACCAGCUGUUGAUGAAACAGAAGAAUCUGAUGAGGAAGAUAAAGAAAAUGAUAAAGCUGAUGAUGAUAAGGAAAAUGAAUUGACAGUGGAAGACAAGUCUUUACAGGAAAGUGAGGAGGAUGAAAUUGGAAAUCUUGAGCUAGCCUGGGACAUGCUGGAGUUAGCAAAACUUAUCUACAAGAGACAAGAAACAAAAGAGGCUCAGCUCCAUGCAGCCCAAGCUCAUCUAAAGCUAGGAGAAGUUAGCAUUGAAUCUGAAAACUACACUCAGGCUAUAGAAGAGUUUCAGGCCUGCCUGGCCCUGCAGCAGAAGUACCUGGAGGCUCACGACCGCCUGCUUGCUGAGAGCCACUACCAGCUGGCCCUGGCCUACCACUACAACAGCCAGUUCGAUGAGGCCGUCGUGCAGUUUGGUAAAUCUGUGGAAGUCAUUGACAAGAGGAUGGCAAUGCUUACUGAGCGGAUAAAGAAGGCAGAGAGCGGGUCCCCUGAAGAUGAGAAGGAGAUUGAAGAACUGAAGGGACUGCUUCCUGAAAUUAAAGAAAAGAUAGAAGAUUCAAAGGAGUCUCAAAAGAGUGCAAGAGUAGCUGAGCUGGCACUGAAAGCAACUCUGGUUGGAACUACAUCUGGCUUUGCACAAAGUGAAGGCAGUGGUUCUGUUUCCACAAUUCCAGUAAGAAAAGCAGGUGAUGGUGCAUCUCAGUGUGUUACAGACAUCUCUCACCUAGUCAGGAAAAAGAGGAAACCAGAGGAGGAGACUCCACAGGGAGACAAUGAAGCCAAAAAAUCUAAACCAGAGCCGGCUGUCAAUGGUGGUGGUGGUGAUGCUGCCCCCAGUGGAAAUGACAUUGCAGAAAAAAUGGAAGAGGAGACAGAGAAAAGGCCACAAGCAGAAUCAGGGGCUGCAGUUGAAAGCACAGUAUGAUAGUUCUUUAACCUUGGACACUCCUCUCCUUGCAAGGAAAAUGGUUUUGUAUAUAGUGUAUUUUUUCACUUUUUGGCAACUUUUG